ACUGAUUAGUCUAGAUUCAGAGCAAGUCCAACCAAGUCAAGUUGGUCUAGGUCGUAUACUAAGUCAAGUCGAAAAAAACGGAAAUAAACCACGAAAACUAAAUAAACGCUUUUACAAAUGAAAUGGUAAAAUCAUAACACCAAGAUGGUAAAAUAUAUCACAAGACUUAUAAAAGUUUAGUGCGUCCUUCGUCCACAUCACGCACAUAUAAACAUUUUGGGGAACAUGUUUAUUGUAGAUAUUUCAUAUAUCUAAAAUAUAUGAAAUACCUAUUUAUAAAUUAUCAUAUCAAAAACUCAUAAGUUCAGCAGUUAAGCUAUUUAGAACUCUCCAGAAGCGAACAUGUACCACUGUGGAAUGAGACAAGUAAGAGAGAGUCAUGUUGCUAACCAAGUCGAUUUGAUGGUCUGGAGCAACCGGCUUGAUUUACUGGCAUUAAGUAAUUUCAAAGGAGAAGUUCAGGUUCAUAGACUUCAGUGGCAAAAAGUAUGGAAUCUUGCACCUCCCAAAGAGAAUGUUACCGUUCGUGCUAUGGCAUGGAGACCAGAUGGAAAGGUUCUCGCAAUUGGCUACAGUUCUGGCAGUGUGUUGAUUGUAGAUAUUGAGGAUAAAGAGAUCAUAGAUAAAUAUGAUUUAGAGCAAGAAGGUUCUGAAGAAUUUCAAGAUUCAAAACACUAUGGAAUAACAUGCAUCACAUGGGCUGCACAUGCCUCCAAUUUGGAAAGUAUACAAUAUAAUGUAUAUGAGGAUGCUUCAUUGUUUCUACAACCAUUGCCUGCUGCAAGCAAUGCUUACAAAAACCAGGCAUCUGAUGAUGGUGCUCAUAUUUUUAAAGAAGAAACACAAACACCAAGUCAGUUGAACAUGUUGAUGGUUGGCUAUGGUGCUGGUUACAUUUACUUGAGUGUUUUUGGUAGAUAUCCAUAUGGAACUCUGAAUCUUGCACAGGUCACAAAGGAUGAAUGUGGGGAGUACAAGGUUAUGGACAUCAGUUUGUCUGAAGACUUCAGUGUUUUGCAAGUUAUUUAUUUAGACAGACUUACGAACACUGUAUAUGCUGCACUGGUUAAUACAAGUGUCCUCUCAGCAUAUUCCGAGGAAAUGUUCAAAGUUGCUAAUCAACAUGGGAAAAUUGUUCACCUGCUUUCAUAUUUAGAUCAGACCAUGGUGUCUAUAACUGAAGCUUGGGAACACAUUUUGCUGGAAAUGGAUACAAAGAUGGCUUACUAUGCAGCAUCCGUACCUGAAGGAGGAGUGUCUGCAGAUCUUUUGGAGUUGCUUAUGUUAGGAGUUCCAUCAGAUGAGUUGGAGCUCUUUUUACUGAGGGAGUUAACUGCCAAGGUUUUGAAAAAGUCAGGAAGCUCAGUAGAAUUAAGUUAUUCAACUAUACAAAAAUUAGUUUUGAAACAACUAAAUGUUGUGGGGCAAAGUUUAACAUAUUAUCUAGCAGAACUACGAGGUCUUACUAGAAUACCAGAUAGAUAUAAAGUCCUAGGCCUUGAAGAAGUUGCAGUCACCAAUGCAAUAAGGGCCUGCUGUGCAUUUCUAAAUAAGUGUCUGGAGUUGCAACAAGUGAUUGAUGUUUCCAUGAGAAAUUAUAAGGCAUUCUUCCGAUGGCUGUAUGUUAUGAUUAUCAGGUUACUGAAUGAGCCUACACCCAGUGAAAUAGUUAAAAUGACACAACAAGAGCUAACUCAUAUUGCUGAAUUUCUAUAUAACUUUGAUAAUGUUCAAGUGGAUAGCACAGACAAUUCAUCAGAUAAACCAGUAAAGUUUAACUUAGAAAGGCUGGGUCAAUACUUACAAGAUCAAGACUUGAACAUAUUGCCUGAUGAUGAAGAUAAUCCAUGGUUCAAAUUUUUGAAAGACAAUUCAUGUUUAGUAAAAGACAAUGACAUUAUAUUUUCCAUGGCUGAAUUUAGAAAAUUUUCUCUUGUUCAACAGCAAAAAUAUUUAAAAAAUGCUAUUGAUAAGGUUUUUGAUGUUACAGAAAAAGAUAUAGGUAAACAUUUCUAUGUUUUGCACAACAUCAAAUGUUAUGAUAAUCAGAACGGAUCACAGCCUGAUAGCAGUUUGAGGGUUUCACAGUUAUAUGAUGCAACCCAGCAGAGGUUUAUGAUAGCAUUAGUAAAUACAGAAGCUGAUGAUAGCAUGUGCUUUAUGUCCACAAGUGUCAAGGAUAAGACUUGCAGUGCAACUGCUUCUAAAUAUCACUUUAGCUCAAGUCUGCUAGGAAGCAAUAGUGCACUUGAAGAAACUCCAUUAAAAGUGUUAGAUCUACAAUAUUAUUCUUCUGAAUUCCUGUCUGUGAUUGUGAAACAUGCGACAAAUGAUGAAAACACCAUUUUUAUUCAAGUUCCCCUGAAGAUAAUACUAGAACAAUCUAGUGAAUUUAACAUAAAGUCAAAAUCAUGUGUAUUUGGUGAUAAAAUAUCAAACAAAAAUAUUUCCCCCAACUUAGACCAAGGUAUCUACAAAAUAAUUGAUAAAUUAGAUGGCUGUCGCAUAGCUGUGUCAGGAGGUCGUAAAGUGUCUGUGGUUUUAUCAAAAACUUUCAGGAAGUUGAAAGUGUUUGAGAUGGAAGUUGAUGGGGAAGAUGAAGAAGACGAAACUCUUGACACUACUCCUCAGUCACACACGACAAACAGAACGAACACUAGCCUUAGAACUCCAGAUCAGAUCUUACAUACUGAUUAAAUGAAAUAAAAUUCAA